AUGUCAUUUAUUCGUCCAAGCUUUUUUCGUCGUCAUUUGUGGAAUGAUCCCUUUGAUAAUUUCUUAGGUUCUAAUUUUGAUUGGUAUGAUCCAUUUGAUGAGUAUGAUCGCAGCAUUUUCCCGAUACAUACGCCUCAAUUGAAUUGGAUACGAGAACCUGAACGACGUCGUGCAAGUACUUAUCAACGAGGUCAAUCGACCGAAAAAUUUCGUGUUCAAUUAAAUGUGGCUGGUUUUACACCCGAUACGGUUAAAACAAAUAUUGAAGGGAAUAAAUUAAUUAUUACAGCCAAACAGGAAGAAAGAGAUGGUGAUGAUUUUCAUGUACGUGAAUUUCGUAAAAGUUAUGAUAUACCAGAGCAUGCGGAUAAGUCAAAUUUGGCUUCGUAUAUUACGCCAAAUAAUAUGUUGAUUGUUGAACUUCCCGUUAAUAAUCCCAUUCAUCAACAACAAAUGUUGGAUAGCCAUCAAAAAUAUCGAGGUAGUGAUCAAAGUGAACAUGAACGACAAAUAGCUACAACACACAGUGACAGUAAUCAAAAUGGGCAACAACUGGCUCCAAAGGGUUAUUCACCGUUUGAUUUCGGCAGUUUUUAUGGCAGUACGUUUGGUCCAAAAAUUGUUGAUGGGCCCAGUGGGGAAAAGAAAAUCGACAUGAAUUUGGAUAUGAAAGGUUACACUCCUGAACAAAUUAAAGUAUCGGUUAAAGAUAAUGAUGUAUGUGUCCAAGCUGAACAAUCAUAUCGUGAUAACAAUCGUUCAUCACGUUCUUAUUCCUAUAAACAAGUUACGUUACCUCCUGGCACACAAAUUGAAAACUUACAAUCAACUUUAACACAAGAUGGUCAUCUUAAAAUAGAAGCACCUUAUCGUCCGUUGCAAGCAUUCAAAAUAAUUCCAUUAGGUGUAAAAGGUGGUAGUGAUGAAAGUAAUUUGUCCGCUUAUCUAGUUACUACAGAAGGAUCUUCAGCUUAUAUCUGUCUGGAUGCUGGUACAUUGUAUGCGGGUGUUUAUAAAUCAGUGGAAUAUGGAGUUUGGGGUAAAAAUGCUGUACCUGAUAAAAUAUUUCGAGAUAACAUCAAAGCAUAUUUAAUAUCGCAUGCACAUAUUGAUCAUGUUAACGGGUUAAUUACGAAUUCAGCGGAAGAACAUAAAGAUAAAAUAAAACCAAUUUAUGCGUUACGAAAUGUCAUUGAUAAUUUGCGAGAACAUUAUUUCAAUUGGAAUAGUUGGCCAAAUAUGGGUAAUAAUGGACAAUAUCCGAUAAACAGGUACCACUAUAAUGUUCUUCAAGAAGGAGAAAAACUAUCAAUUCUAAAAGAUCCAGACAUUACCGUCACACCAUACUCGUUGAGCCAUUCAAAAGUGGGAUUCUCGUCAAAAACAUAUGGUAGCACGGCGUUUCUGAUUGAAUCUCAUGGAAAUUAUUUACUUUAUCUCGGCGAUACGGGUGCAGAUGAAAUUGAAAAAACCGAUAAACUACAACAUCUUUGGUCAAAAGUCGCUCCUUUGAUUAAACAAAAAAAGCUUCGGGCAAUAUUCAUCGAAGUUUCAUUUCAAAA